GGUUCAGCGUCCGGUGAGAACGCAUGGGCUCCUCUGCAGCACGAGAUACGCGCUUUGCUCCUCCGCGUCUAACUUUUCUCAAAAUAUAAAUAUAUAUUUUACAAAACUUUUAGCGCUUUUUCUUGUGUAUUUACUAUAUGUACGCUGUCGCUGGUUUCUAUACAUGGAUUUUAUUAUACUUAAGGUUAACGGGACGGAUGUAAGUAGUUAUCCUCAUGAGGAUGCCGUUAGAGCAUUCCUAACGGCACAGGAACCCAUUGUUGUCGAAGUCAAGAGAAGAAUAUCUGGUUCUGCGAUUCAGUCAAGAGAUGUUUCCAAAUUCGUAUCGACCGCCUGUCAGACUGAUAUAUCGGGCAUUCAAUUAAUCGACGAAUCUGCAAUCGAUUGUUUCACCCACGACAUCGAUUUAGAAGAAGUUACUUUAAGAAAAUGCAGUAGUGACGAAAAACUGGGGCUCACAGUGUGUUAUAGCUCCGGUUCCGAAGUGGAUACUUGCACUGAAGUGUAUAUUCGAGAUAUUGCGCCGCAAAGCGUCGCAGACAGAGAUGGCAGAUUAAGACAGGGUGAUCAAAUUUUACAGGUUAAUGGCAAAGACGUGGCAAAUAAGGAAGAGACUGAAAUACUUUUUGCUGAGAAUAGGAAAGCUGUUACUUUACUAGUCAGCAGAUGCUAUAAUAGGAGUGAAGAAUACUUAGACACCGAGGUAAUCGAAUCGUUAACUUCACCAAACGGCAAGAGUGCCGCAUACCAAAACAGUAUCAUCGAACAACUAGUUCAGCAACAAGCGGAGAUUCAGCAAUCUCCGAAAAAUGAGACCACAACUCCCAAAGUCCCACCUCACUUUACCGAUAAACUUAAUUUAACUAACUCUCUUGUCCGAUCGAAGAUCGAUUCCAUUAACCAGGAAAUCUCCCAGUUAGAUGUGCGAAUGCAAAAUAUCUCUUUCAAAAGCGACAAACGCAAACCUCCUCAGUUACCAAAUAUACCAGCUCCCCCGGAAUCAGAUACAGAGCAUAUUUACGAGACGAUACCAGAAGAUUCAAUCAUCGAUGGUGAGGUCGAACCGAUUUAUUCACAUCCUUACGAACCUGGGGAUGAGAAUAUGAUUGAGCAGUGGUUGAAGGUUCAUCAGGAAGACACGUGGGUGGCAAGAGAAAUGUUGAACAAUGAAGAGGAAGAGAAAAAAGAGCCAAAGAAAAAAUCGAAACCUCCAAAGAGUAAUAGCAGUGGGGAGGAACACGAAAAUAGUUCCAGUGCUUACAACACUGGAGGGUCAUCUAACAGUAACCCUCUGACGUUUGAACUUGCUGCUACUCAGGAUGCUAAGCAAAAGAACGUUUAUAGAUCAACUUUAAUACUGUGCCCUCUAGAAGAAAAAGAAGAUGUGACCAAAGAAAAAGAAGCCAAAACUACGUGCGAAUCGUGCAAACGCCAAGUAGCAAAUAAAGCAAAGAAAUCUAAAUCGAGUUCUAAAAUUGUAAGCCCAUCGUCGCCCACAAGGCAAAUGGGAUUAAGUCCUGCCCACAUUCUGUCUGAUACGAUGUACACAAACGUUGCAAAUCUUCAACAAACGAUUUUACUGCAACAACAGUUGUUCAGACAGGCACUCGUAGCGCAGAAUUCUGAAGUGGUCAGUACAAGGCCUACUACUAGUUUUACUUCACCUAGUCUCAGCCAGUAUCAGUUUGUUAGUGGAUCUCAGAGUUAUACCACCAACACAAUACCAGAUAAAAGUUCAGUCGAGUCUCAAAUGGAAUGGAAGGUAAAACGAAGACCGGAUGGAACUAGAUACAUUGCCAGAAGACCUGUAAGAAACCGAAUAUUGAAGAACAGAGAAAUGAAAAUUUUUGAAGAAAGAGCUGGACUAACCACAGAGGACGAUACCAUUUCUGAACUUAAGAUCGGUCGGUACUGGACAAAAGAAGAACGCAAGAAGCAUUUGGAGAAAUCUAGGGAAAGAAAACAAAGGCAGGAGAUCCUAAUGGCAUCACGAAAUAUUGAAGAAGUCAGCGAGGAACAGUUUAAGUCAUCAUCACGGAAAGCAGCCAAUAAUCUUGACAACACAGUAAAGAAACAUCGAAGUAUCAAGUCCAGGACACACAAAGAGAAAGAGGGCCAUGAAAAUUCGGUGCAGGAGGUGGUGGUCCAUGGUCAAAAAACGCCACCACCAGCAAAUGGAAAACUUAUAGGGUUGCUAUCAGUAACAACUGUCUAAAUACCAAUAUUCAGUAUGUUUAUAUCUUAUUUAUAAUAUAACAUCUAUAUAAGAUGUCGUUAUGUUUCUUCCCUAGGAAAUGUUGCAUAUUAAGCUAAAAUUUUAUUUAUAUUUCAGAUAGAACUAUUUUUAUUCUUAAGGUUAUAAUGGAUAUGGGUCUUGAUUUUUGGCUUAUGGCAACUUAUGGAUAGUAGAUCUCUUUUCUUCUCUAAUUAUGUAUUUAUAUUGUCGUUGUUUAAACCAAGUAUCGAAUAACGAAUAGAAAAAUGAUGUAUAUAUGUAUACUUUCAGACCCAUCUCCAUUUACUUCAAAAUGUGAUGUUUUAAUAUAAUUAGGUGUACAUAUCAAAUAUAACUUCGUUUUUCAGCAAGCAGCUUUCAAGGGACGAAGAUAUUGUAUUUUUUAAUAUAAAGAAGCUCUAUUAUUAUGAUAUUGUUAUAGAUCUGUACGCAAUUCCAUCGUAAUUGAAAACACUAUGCUUUCAAGAUGCGUUUGUAUAACCAAUAAACUAUAUCCAAUUUUAUAUAAAUGAAUAAAUGUGAUAUUUAUUAAAGCACUUUAUAUGUGCCUCUUAGAGACAGAGCAAAACGCUAGAUGUAUUGUCUAAUAA